GGCUGUCGCGCAGUAUAAUGCGGAUGGUAGCGAAGAUUUAGCAGAACAGAAGCAGCGUCCAUAACCCACCGGUUCUAUAAAUUUCUUGGCGGGAGAUUUUGCCGCUUUCCCAAUUUCAUACAAUUUCAUACAAUCAUUCACAUACACUCCAGCCUUAGUGGAGUGAUUUGUGAUUUGUGGAGAAGAAAUCUCUCUGCAAGCUCAAUUUUCUCAGAAUUCCAUGGAAGACGACGAACCAAUGCCUUCACAGACGGCGACUCGUCGUUCGAAACGGGCUAGGGUUCAGAUUAGGGCCAAUGAUCUUCGCGAGAUGAGCUUGAAUGAGGACGAGAGAGAAGAAUCUUCUGAUGACUUUGAAGAAUCUCGCCCUCGUGCUAAGCGAAACAAAGCUACUGCAAGCACUUCAGCCGCUGCUCCGAUUACCGAUCAGACUUUAAUUGAGGUUCUAAAAGGUAAUAGGAAACAAAUCCCUCAAGUGGUUAAGAGUUGGGUUGGACAUUAUGAGAAGGAACCUGAAGCUGCAAAACUUGAACUUGUUAUGAUGAUACUUGAGGCAUGUGGAGCCAAGUAUCAUAUUGAUGAAGAGUCCUUGGAUCAGACUAAUGUUGACGAUGUAGUUGUUGCCCUUGUUAACAUGGCUAAGAGAGGUGAAGUGGAAGAUUACCAUAGUUCGAAAAAAAAGGAGUUAAAGAAUUUCAAAGAUAACCUCAUCUUUUUCUGGGAUAAUUUGGUUACCGAGUGUCAAAGUGGGCCACUUUUUGAUGGUGACUUGUUUGACAGGUGCACAGACUAUAUAAUAGCAUUGUCAUGCACCCCUCCUAGAGUUUAUCGACAGAUUGCCUCCUUGAUGGGACUACAGCUUGUCACAUCCUUCAUAACUGUUGCUAAAAUGCUUGGUACACAGCGAGAAACUACUCAGAGGCAGCUAAAUGCAGAAAAGAAGAAGGCAGCUGAUGGGCCUCGUGUUGAAUCACUAGACAAGAGGUUAUCUGUGACUCAUGAAAAGAUUACAGUAAUAGAGGAGAUGAUGCGCAAAAUAUUUAAGGGGUUAUUUGUGCACCGGUACCGCGAUGUUGAAUCCGAUAUCAGAAUGCUAUGCAUUCAGUCAUUGGGUAUCUGGAUCCAGGAAUACCCCUCACUGUUUUUGCAGGAUUUGUAUUUGAAAUACCUUGGUUGGACAUUGAAUGAUAAAACUGAAGGUGUGAGGAAGGCAUCUGUCCUUGCAUUGCAGGAAUUGUUUAAGGUGGAUGAUAAUGUUCCAUCUCUUGGCCUUUUUACUGAGAGAUUUUACAAAAGGAUGAUUGAGCUUGCAGAUGACGUUGACAUUUCUGUUGCUGUAUGUGGCAUAGGACUUGUAACACAACUGCUAAGGCUGCAACUUAUUCCUGAUGAGGAUUUAGGUUCAUUAUAUGACUUACUAAUUGAUGACCCACCAGAAAUCAGACGUGCAAUUGGAGCUCUAGUGUAUGAUCAUUUGAUUGACCAGUCUAGCCGAACAGGAAACGCUAAAGAAUCUUCAAAAAUUCUACUUAGUAGAAUGCUGCACAUAUUAAAAGAAUUUUCAUCUGAUGAAAUGUUGAUUUCCUAUGUUAUUGAUGCUAUCUGGGAUUACAUGGAUGCCAUGAAAGAUUGGAAGUGCAUCAUCUCUAUGCUUCUUGAGGAAGACACAUCAAUUGAGCUAAGUGAUGCAGAUGCGACAAAUCUGAUUCGGCUGCUUUCUGCAUCUAUUAAAAAGGCAGUGGGAGAGAAGAUUGUUCCUGCUACUGAUAACAGAAAGCAGUAUUAUAGUAAAGCACAAAAAGAAACAUUUGAAUCAAAUAAGCAGACCAUUACAAAUGCCAUGAUGAAGAAUUAUCCUCAGCUACUACGCAAAUUUAUGGUUGACAGAACAAAAGUGUCAUAUUUACUUGAAAUAGUUGUUCAUAUGAACCUAGAGCUUUAUUCUCUUAAGAGUCAAAAUCAGAAUUUCACUUCUGUUCUUAAUCUUAUGAAAGAGGCAUUCUUUAAGUAUGGCGAAAAGGAUGUCCUGAGAUCCUGUGUGAGAGCCAUCAACUACUGUGCUGCUGAGAGUCGAGGAGAGUUACAUGAUUUUGCUCUUAACCAGUUAAAGAAUAUUGAAGAUGAGCUUCUUGUUAAACUUAAAUCUGCAGUCAAAGAAGUAACGGAUGGGGAUGAUGAAUAUUUACUUCUUGUAAAUUUAAAGAGAUUGUAUGAACUUCAAUUAUCACGGGAAAUUUCAAUCGAAAGCUUGUAUGAAGAAUUUGUUCAUAUUCUUAAAAAUUUCAGAAACAUCGAUGAUGAGGUUAUUUGCUUUCUGCUUCUCAACAUGCAUCUGCAUCUUUGUUGGUGCCUGCAUUCUAUCAUAAAUAGUAAGACAGUAACAGAGACUGUGGUAUCUUCCCUAAAGUCCAAGCGCAGUACCUUGUUUGAACAACUUGAAGACUUCUUGCAAACUUGUUCUGAAAAUUCUGGUGAAGCUAAAUGUGGGAAUGUGCUUGCAUGCAGGGUUUGCACUAUAGUUGCUGAACAGUGGUGUCUGUUCAAGAAGGCUAACUUUGCUUCAACAGAGCUGGAAACUCUGGGAUAUUUACCAGAUAAUUCCAUUCUCCAAAAGUUUUGGCAUGUUUGUGAAAAGCAACUACAUAUGUCAGACGAGACAGAAGAUGAUGACACCAAUCGAGAGUAUGUUGAAGAAACAAAUAGAGAUGCAGUCAUCAUUGCUGCUAGCAAGUUGGUUGCUGUUGAUGCAGUUCCUAAGGAAUAUCUUGGUGCAGAGAUAAUAUCUCAUUUUGUAAGUCAUGGUUCAAGUGUUUCUGAGGUCAUCAAGCAUCUCAUCACAGUAUUAAGGAAGAAAGAUGACAAAAUUUCAAGUAUUUUACUUGAGGCGCUGAAAAAGGCCUACAAGCGGCAUUUGGUAGCUGUUUCAUCCAGUGAUGAAGUAGCAUCAAGCACUACAUUUCAAGAAUGUAAAGAUCUUGCUGCUCGGCUUUCUGGAAUAUUUGCAGGUGUUGCACGGAACAAGUAUAGAUUGGAUGUUUUGAAUAUUGUCAAAGGAGGCAUUGACUAUGCCUUCUCAGAUGUUCCAAAACACUUGUCUUUCUUGGAUGCUGCAGUGCUACAUUUUAUAUCCAAGCUUCCAUUGACCGACAUUCUUGACAUCUUGAAGGAUGUUGAAAGAAGAACCACAAAUGUGAAUACAGAUGAAGAUCCCAGUGGAUGGCGCCCCUAUUUAACAUUUGUGGAGACCAUUCGAGAGAAGUACGUGAAAAAUGAAGGUUUCCAAGAUGAAAAAGAAGGCGUGUCUGCGAGACGCCGUGGGCGUCCUCGAAAGAACCAGAACAUACAGGGGAAGAAACUGUUUGACGAGGCUAAUUCCAGUGAAGAAGAGGAUUCAAUCAGUGGAUCUGAGCAAGAUGCAGAAGAGGAAGAGGAAGAGGAGGCUCCUCUAAUACAUUCCUUCAGAUCAGCAUCUAAGCUGAAGUCUUUGAGUGUAUCAAGGGAGAAGAAAGGCCACACCAGUACAACAGGUUAGGCAUUGUGGUCAGCACUCUGGAGGAUAGAGAUGAAUGUGCACUAUACACUUUGCAGGAUAUAGCUGUCUUUAAUAGAUGCAAUUGGUUUUUGCUUAGGUUGAUGGAUGAAAGAACUAUCUGUGCCUUGUAAUUAUGUAUGUUGUAUCUGCUUAUCGAAGAUGGGAUUUGGAUGCAUUUUGUAACUACUGUAAUUACUAACCCUACGUAUUGCAGGUUUUACUGUUUGUUUAGAUAUCUUAGUGACUUGGAAAUCAGCAUGAAAGAACAAAAUAAUACGACUUUUUUUUUUUCCCCCUUUCCUA